AUGCGCCAUAAUGCGCCUGUUGCAUUUCACCAGCGCAUUCAACGAGGCGUCCAGUUCUACGACGCUUGGCUCAAAGCGAUCACAGUAGCCUCACCAUCGGUUUUCGCCAACAUCACGAACAGGCUGCAGAACAUGGCAGAGAGGAGAACAAGCAGUGAAAGCACUUUGAAUGGUGGCUUUCAGAUGACCCUACAAAGCUUCGGAGACUACUCGAAGUGCAUGGAGGGCAACGAGGGAACAAGCAGUGAAAGCACCUUGAAUGGUGGCUCUCAAAAGACCCUACCAAGCUUCAAAGACUACUCGAAGUACAUGGAGGGCAACGAGAGAACAAGUGAAGGCACCUUGAAUGGUGGCUUACAAAGCUUCGGAGACUACUCGAAGUACAUGGAGGGCAACGAGGGAACAAGCAGUGAAAGCACCUUGAAUGGUGGCUUUCAAAAGACCCUACCAAGCUUCAAAGACUUCUCGAAGUACAUGGAGGGCAACGAGAGAACAAGUGAAGGCACCUUGAAUGGUGGCUUUCAGAUGAGCCUACAAAGCUUCAGGGACUACUCGAAGUACAUGGAGGGCAACGAGAGAACAAGCAGUGAAAACACCUUGAAUGGUGGCUUUCAAAUGACCCUACAAAGCUUCGGAGACUACUCGAAGUACAUGGAGGGCAACGAGAGAACAAGCAGUGAAAACACCUUGAAUGGUGGCUUUCAAAUGACCCUUCGAAGCUUCGGAGACUACUCGAAGUACAUGCAGGUCAACCAGGGAGGAAGUAGUGGUGGUUCUCGAACGACUCUACAAAGCUUCGGAGAUUACCUGAAGGACAUGCGAGGAGAGCUGUGCAAAUGCGCAGGGCGUAGGAAGUGCCAAUGUGAUGGCCUGCGCGCGCGCCCGCAGGAAUACCGUGGCACGUAUGCAAUUUGA